GGAAGAGAGAGAGAGAGAGGGGGAAGAUGAGCAUUGAGUGAAGAGCAUAGAUUUUCAUCCAAAUCUGUAUCUGUGGUUUUUUUUAAUCCACAACCGCUGCAGCGCUGCGACCAUAGACUUGUGCGGGGGGGGACCUUUGCGCUUUGCAACAUUGCUCUUUUUUCUCCAGUGGAACUUCGUAUCCGUUGUCUUUGGCUGAAGUGUCUAAAUGUUUUGAUCCGCUUUUAUUUCCACCGUCACCCCCCCUCCUCCUCUCUUCGUAUCCGAAUCGCAACAUGAGCAGUUUGCGGGGAGCGCCCGGUUUCGCACCUUUGGAAUGGUGUGGGUUACGCAGCCCGGGAAAGGAGAGCAGCUAAACGCAGAUGGAGUUUGGGAUUUAUUGCGAAAUACGUGGAAGAUGACCGUCUUUUCUUUGUGUUUCCUCUUGUGCGCCGAUCUGCUGGAUUUGGCUGUAGGUUACCUGACUGUGACCAUCGAACAGCACCCCCCUGUGGUCGUGGGAGAGACGGCUACGCUUAAGUGUAACUUCAAGACCGACGGCCGGCUGAGGGAGAUUGUAUGGUUUCGGGUCAUGGAAGGCGGCACUAACAAGCAGAAGAUCUUCACAUACGACGCCAUGUUUAAUACCAAUUAUUCCCACAUGGAAGAUUACCGCAGGCGUGAGGAUCUCGUUUACCAGUCCACAGUUCGGCUACCAGAGGUGCGGAUCGCCGACAACGGGCUGUACGAGUGUCACGUGGGCAUCUAUGACCGAGCCACACGGGAGAAAGUGGUCCUGGCUUCGGGAAACACCUAUCUCACAGUGUAUGCACCCCCUCACUCCAUCUCGAUGAUGGCAGCAGACACCCUGGCGCCAUUCAGCCGCUACCAGGUCCAGAACUUCACCUUGGUGUGCAACGUGUCCGGAGGCAAGCCGGCCCCAGUGGUGUUUUUCAAGCGUGACGGGGAGCCAAUUGAGAUAUUCCACUACAUGCAGCCGACAGCAGGCAGCGACAGUCGGGGCACGGCCAGCAUGCGAGGGGCGAGGCCCCUGAUCAGCCGGGACCUGGACGACACCAAACUGCAGAAGUCGCGGACCCUGCUGCACCAGGACGGCAGGCCAGCGCGGCUGUACACGGAGAGUCCCGGGAGAGGGCGCACCCCUGGGGCUGCUGGCCACGAGGCCAGCCCCGCCACAGAGAUCAUCCCGGAGACGGUGGUGUCCCGCGAGUUCCCCCGCUGGGCCCUGAGCACAGACCCGCUGUACUACUUCUCGGCCAGGCAGGUACCGCAGAGCGACGGCUCUGUGGAGGUGCAGGCGCGGAUCACGUGGGCGCUCAACCCCCAGCUGGAUAACGAUGCCCUCUUCAGCUGUGAGGUUAAGCACCCUGCCCUCUCCAUGCCCAUGGUGACAGAAAUCACACUUGCGGCCCCUAAAGGCCCCAAGUUGCUGAUGACCCCCACUCGGGCAAAAGUGGGGGACACCGUUCGCAUCAGCGUUCAAGGUUUCCAGAACGAGGUUUUCCCCGAGCCCAUGUUCACAUGGACCCGUGUGGGGGGCCAUCUGCUGGACGGCAGCAACAAGCGAGACGGCAAGGAGCUGGUUCUGGAGCGGGUGCCGGCCGAGCUCAACGGCUCCAUGUACCGCUGUACGGCCCAGAAUCCUCUGGGCUCCACGGACACUCACACACGCCUCAUCGUUUUUGAGAACCCGAGCAUGAUGAAAAACACCCAGAACCAGAACAAUGCAGCAGCCCGGGUGGAUGCACUGGGACCGAUGGUGACUGCGCUGAUCUUCACAGUGGCCGCAGAGCUGACGUGAGUCCCCAAGCCCAGACCGCUACGUCCCAAGCCUUCUUCAGUCGCCCCCCCCCCACCCCACCCCCCACACCCUCCUGCCCACUUUGCUCGGCUCCGCCCCUGGAGCUCGCCCCUUCCUGUCUGCCAGGAAGUAGCAUCGCCAGAGAGCACUAAACUUCCUUUUUGUGAAACAACAGAAGAAACAUACAAAAGGAAAAAAAGAAAUCUUCAAUUAAAGGACCUGCCCUACUGUGUAUGUCUUCUUGUCCCACCUCUGCCUGUACAUCAGUAAAAACAAAUGUUUAAAAAAGGAAACGGGGGGAAAAAAACAUCCUUCUUUUAAUUUAUUUGAACAUAAUGACAUUUGUCUUGUACAGCCCUCUUAAAAGAAGUCGUGUGGGCAGGCCCACCAUACGACCGACCCUCCCCCCAGACACACCCCCAUUUCGUCUUGUGUACUCUAUGCAGAAACCGUUAUCAGUAGGAAUACGUUUAAGAAUAUCGUUCUGGUCCUAUGCUCUUGUUAUCUGUUUUCCUUUUUUUUUUAACUGACUCUAGGUUGGAAUGUACAAGCGGACUUUGCUCUAAGCUCUAUGAACUGGUGUAAUCUCCCAGAUAGAAAACGCAGGACUCUCCCUUUCUAAAUGUAUUUUUGUGUACAUCCCUGUAAAUAAUAAAAUGAUAAAGAAUAAUAAUUAUAAUAAUAAUAACUCUAAGAGGAGGGGUGUUGUUGGAAUGCAAGGAAGACAAGCUGACUUUGCCAGCGUUAAUGGCAUUUUCCGCGCUUGUCCAUCUCCAGGGCGAUUUUCAGAGGGCAACCGUAAGCCAAGAAGAGGCCUUUAAAAAUGGCCACAGUCAUCCUUUCAUGGGGCAAAGCGUGUUUGGUGCACCCCUAUCUGCUUUCGCGGGCUUCCCCCUGUUUGUGCGCUCCGUCGUAAUUUUUUUCCGGAACUUUCUGUUUCCACCGCAUCCCUGCUUUUUGGCUCACGUUGCCGAGCAGCACAGCCUGCGGAGUCAGGAUCUCCAUUCAUAUGGUUUCACGUGUUUUAACCUCAUGUCAUGUCCGUUUGGUGGGUUUAAUCAAGGUGGAAAUAAAGGCGAUGUUUUUAACGGA